UACACCCGAAUACCGUGUAAAACGUGCGACGAAUUGUCUUACCUGUACUUGUACAUUAGGUACAGAAUUGAACUGUGGACGUUUUUUUUUUAAAUAUAAUUAUACAAUUUGUCGGUAAAUUGUAAUAAGUAUAUAAUAUUACAAUAUAUAUAUACUUAUUUUUUUUACACCAAAGAUUCGCUGUAAUAUUGAACAUCCUGCGGCGAAUUGUUUUUCUUUACGCCAAGACACAACAAUAAUAAUAAAAAAUAUAUACAUACAUAUAUAUUAUAUAAAUGAAAACACCUCUCAAGGUCUUUUCGUCGGUCUAAACACGGUCCAAGACGACAGCCAAACAACGUUGGCGUUCAUUCUGUCCGGCAAGCUCAAACGUCAAAGGAUAACGUCGCCAAUCGCACACACACACACACUGUUAUUGCAAAGAAAAUACACACACACACUGUUAACAAGAGAAGAAAAAACAUGGACAACCAUCGCACGCCGUUGAAUUUGUCGGCGAUCGCCUUGUUGACGGCACUGGCGGUCACUUGCAGCCUUGGUGCGCCGGCUUCUUUGUCCACCGACUCCGGCAGCGAGACCCAGAGCAAAGACUCCAACGAAGUGGGUCCCCUGCAAGAGAACUGGCAACUGUUCGAGAGGUUGGCCAAGAACAAGUCGUACGGCGGUCCUUCGGUCGACCCGGAAAAGACCAGGCAGCUCAUCAAGGAGAUCGAAGAGUUUUCGCGGCUGGUGCAAACCACGACCACGGUAACGCCCGUACCGGCGGAUAACGGUACCGCGGUCGAAGACGACGACGACGACUCGUUCGCGUCGGCUUCCGACUGGUUCGACAAGUUGUGGAAGGAAAUCACGGACGGCAUGGACUUUGACGGUCUGGACGACGACGACAAGGGAAAACCCGACAACGACGCGCCGCCCCCGGACGUACCGCCGACCACAGAGGCCGACGCCGAAACCAUUGGCUACGUUCGGCCGCAGUCGCAGGGACAAGAGACGGAAGACGGCGGCACCGUCGAGGAAAUCAUCAGGAAGCUGAACAACGACCUGAAAAGGUUGUACAACAAGAUCAAACAGGUCAUAACAGUGAUAAAAAACUGGGUCAGCAACAAUAGAGCAGAUGACUUGACUGAAUUGUCUGGCAGCGGGUCUGAACAGGAAGUUUUCGUGAUAACCAAUCCGUUAAUUGGCGACAACGAUAAAUCUAAUAAAUACACAUUACCUAUAAACGCGGAAUAGUCCUGGAUAUGAAGUUUAUUAAGUUAUGAAGUUGCCCAUAAUUCGCAGCCGACUCUCUCUUGUCUAUUUAAAAAAAAAAUCUUUUUAACUUAUUUGCACUUUAACUUAUAUUUUACUAUACAAUUAUUAUGAAUAUUAUUGCUACACAAUGUUAUUAUCAUGUUUGUAAAAAACAAAUGUUCCUUUGAUAAGUAUAAUAAUAUUGUAUUAGAAAA